AUGGCUGCUGCCUCCUCCCCAACCUCCCCGCCUCCGCCGCCGGCGACCGACGUCGCCGCUCCAGGCCUCCCCGAUCUCUCGAUCCCCUACGACCUGGCCACUCGCGGGCAGUGGCAGGCGCUCUUCUCCCACCUCUCCCACCCGGCCCACACGCCCCAUCCGCACCACCGCCUCCUCCUCUCCGCUCUCUCCGCCCUCUCCCUGGCCAAGCUCCGACGCUUCCCCGACGCCGCCGCGCUGCUCGCCUCCCUCCACCCUGACCCGGCCUGCCCGCCGCCGCCCUUCCUCAUCCGCCUCCUCCACGCUCUCCUCCCACUCUUCCUCCCCGACCGCCCCCUCGCGCUCGACCGCCUCUACACGCUCCUCUCCUCCGUCCGCGGCCGCCCCGACGCCGGGCACCCCGAGUGGCGCCGCCGCGACGCGCUCGUCGCGUCCGUCCUCGCCGCCGACCACCUCGCCCACCGCGAGUUCGACGUCGCGCUCGCGCUCCUCGCCGACAUCGCCGCCCGCGAGCCGGGCGACCCGGUGCUCCUCUCGCGCCUCGCCUACGCGCACCUCCAGAUCGGCAACCUCGGCGCGGCCUCAGCCGCGUUCCGCUACGUGGAGUCCGUGGCUGCCGCGUCCGAGGACCCCACGCGGCAUGCCAACCUCCUAGCCCGAAAUCGCGCGCUGGAGUGCAUCGUGGCCAAGGAUUACGCGGCGGCGGUGCGGGAGUACGAGCGCUGCAUCGAGGCGGACCCCGCGGACGCCGUGGCGCUCAACAACAAGGCGCUGUGCCUCAUGUACUCGCGGGACCUCGGCGACGCCAUCAAGGUGCUGGAAGGCGCGCUCGAGAGGGUUCCCACGGCGGCGCUUAACGAGACGGUGGUGGUCAACCUGUGCAGCAUGUACGAGCUCGCCUUCGUCAACCACGGCGAGGUCAAGAGGAGCCUUGCUGAGUGGAUCGCCAGGGUUGCGCCCGACGGCUUCGACACCUCCUGCACGCGCAUGUAG